UAAGCUGCUGGCACAUUUUGAGGUUUUGCAUUUCCACAAUAUUUAAUCUCUUCUUUCUUGAAUGAAAUACCUUUCGAUCCAAUAAAUAAAAUAAAGAGAGUAGUAUAACACAUAUAAAUACAGAGCAAAAUGAGCGCUUGUACAGUGGAAGUCGUGAAAAUAAUUGGAAAAUAUCUCAACGCACCGGUUGGCACUGUUUGCUAUAGCACGGAAAAGGUAUUGACAGCCGUAAUAAAUAAGCAAAGCGUAGAAGGCUUUGCCACGAUAAUUAUGCGUUUAGCGGUUCAAAGUGGUGUACAAAUGUCGCAGGAACAGACCUUGCAGUGCUACCAGUGGCUGGAGCACAUCUCCAUGUACGCUAAUCAGGCGGCAGCAAACCCGCAAUUUGGAAAGAGUUUCCUGCAAGAUAUUAAUAGGGCUUUGCAAAGAAAUACAUACCUAACAGGACAAUCAUUAACCAUAGCGGAUGUGGCUGCCUAUCAUGUAUUAUAUCCUUUACUGGAGCGACUUUCCAUCUCCGAAAGAGAAUCAUUGCUGCACCUCUGCAGGUGGUCAAAGCACAUCCAGGCUCAGCCGAAAGUGUGUGUUAACCGGCCGCCUCUACAGUUGAACACCCUAAACCUCACAGUGUUAGCUCCAGCUGUGCAUUAGUGUUGUAAGUGUGAAACAAUGAGUUGUAGGAGAGGUGUAAAUUUUAAGAGAUGUGACCUUAUGGACUGGAACAAUACUUGGUAAAGUAAUAAUUUUGAUUGUCAACUUUUAAUACUGCUUAGGCUCGAUUUCCAUUGUAACAUUGGUCACAUAUGAUAAAGAAAAAUCACACAAUGCGAAACCAAUUGCCAUACGGAACCAAACUUGCGUACAGCUCAGAGAUCAGUGGUCUCUAACAUGAUGGCUCAUAUCAAUAAAUCUGCCGCAGACUUCAGCAUUGUUGUGCGGUGGUCCAUAGAUAUUGUUUAUUGUUUUUACGCUUAACUGAAAUCAGCGUCCGACGUUGCACACUGCACGCCGCUGGCUGAGCGUCCAUUCAGGCGUAACACCUACAACUUGCAGACAAUUGAUUAGUAUGUACAGUGAACUGAAAAAGUGCAUGGCGAAUUUAUCAAUGACUUCAUUCAUAAUUUCUCCAUGCAAUUUAGCAUCAGGUCACUGUACAGGUGCCGUAGCCGAAUGGCAUUUCUGGGAUGCGAAACGAAAACGAAACGCCGCGAAAGAUAGUCUGGCUCUGUCGCGCCAAUAAGCAAGAGCGAUAGAGAUAGAUAUCUACGAGCGUUUCGUUUCGUGAGCGUUUGUGCCAUUCGGCUACGUACACUGUCGAGUUCACAAACACUUUUACAAACUAACAUUCUAAAUACAUGUACACGACCAUAUUGUCAUUUGUAAGUAAAUAUUUUUUACUAGCUUUUGCCCGCGGUUCCGCUCGCGUUGAAAGAGACAAAAUGUAGCCUAUGUCACUCUCCAUCCCUUCAACUAUCUCCA